UGUAGCGGUACGUGACGCUGGACGUUAGUGCGGAUUGAGUCAAGCUGCGUAGUCUAGCAAUAGGUUAAUGCGAUAAUCCAUACGGCUUUUAAAGCUCGAUCCGAUUGGAGUUGCAGUCAAUAGCCAUUCAGUGGGCUACGGUUUUUAUAGUAACAAUACUCGCAGGCGCAGUAUUGCAUGACGUAAACAUCUUAUCAGAAUUCAAAAAUCAGACUUAUCAAAAUGUUAAAGUUCAGCGUGCCUGAUAGUAUUCCGGAUCGUUUCACACCAUGGGACUAUGUGGCAUUCGGCGUAAUGCUGUUGUAUUCUGGUGCGCUCGGGGUGUACUGUGCAUUUAGCGGAGGACCGAAGAACACGAUUCGUCAACUCUUGAUCGGCUCUGGAACUCUGCCUGUUCUGCCGGUAUCGACGUCGCUCAUGGCAUCGUUCAUAUCGGCUGCCUACAUUCUCGGAAAUGCCGCCGAAGUCUAUGAGUAUGGCACGAUGGUGUUUAUGACCUUCCUUAGCUACUGUGCCAUGAUCCCAACGGCUAUGCUUUUCUACUUGCCCGUGUUCUACAAGCUCGGAGUAACAACAGCCUUUGAAUACAUAGAACUGAGGUUUGGUCGAGUCACGCGCGUUUGUGCUGUCGUUGUCUAUGUCAUUCAAAUGCUCAUCUACGUCUCUAUUUCACUAUACGCGCCGGCUCUGGCUAUGUCACAGGUGACCGGAAUGGAUUUGUGGAUUGCAAUCAGUGCUAUGGGGGUAGUGUGCACGAUCUACACGAGUAUCGGAGGUAUCAAAGCUGUAGUGUACACCGAUACCUUUCAGGCGGUCUACAUGACCGGGGCGCUCAUUAUCGUGAUUGUAGCUUCCGUCAUCCGCUUUGAAGGAGUCGCCAACGUUUGGAACAUCGCCUUGCAGGGAAACCGCAUCGAAUUCGGACGAGUGGUCAAUGGGUUAACUGAUAAAUAUUCUCUUUGGGGCCUAUUCUUUGGCGCGUAUUUUACAAACCUGGCUUCCUAUGCGACAAAUCAAAUGAUGGUCGUGAGAUACAUGACUGUUGAUACGCUCGAAAAAGCUCAAUGGGUAAUCUUUCUUAAUCUUCCCUUUCUAUGCGUGGCACUUUUCCUUUCGUGCUUCUGCGGCUUGCUGGUCUACGCGCGCUAUGUUGCUUGUGAUCCGAUGAGUAUCCAGAAGGUACAAUCAGCUGACCAACUUCUGCCGUACUUCGUGAUGGACGUCCUUGGCUAUUGGACUCCACUGCCCGGCAUCUUCGUGGCGGGCAUCUUCGCCGCCUCGUUGAGCUCGGUAAGCUCCGGAGUGAACGCGCUUGCAUCGGUCUUCUACGUUGAUGUCAUUGCCGUCAUCAAAGAGGGCAUUCCUGACAGCACUGGUGCGAAGAUCAUUAACUUGCUUGGUGUUGCAUUCGGCAUCUCAUCGAUUGGUCUUGUAGGCAUUACGAAACAAUUGGGAAACGUACUAGAAGCGUCGCAAUCUGUCAACAGCGCAAUUGGAGGCCCGCUUUUAGGCCUAUUUACAGCUGGAAUGCUAUUUCCUCAGAUCAACACCACAGGCGCACUGUGGGGUCUUUUUGUGUCGUUGGCAGCGUCUCUUUGGAUCAACAUCGGCGCGAUGAUUGCCGGUCCUAGCAAUAUCAGGCUUUCCACAAGCUUAGCUGGCUGUCCCGUCAACUACACUGCCGUCGAAGAAGCUAUCCCCACGUAUUUACCCUAUAGUAUCCCCGAGAGCAACGUUCUAUGGGUGUACCAACUCUCACAGCAGUGGUACUCGUUAGUAGCGUUCGUGCUAGUAUUUCUGGUAGCCAUGCCCAUUUCCUUGGUGACGGGAUCCCUCGACGGAUCUCAGCUUGACCCGCGCCUCAUUCGACAUCCCGCGGAUAUUUUUCUUUGGUGGAUGGAUGAUGAAGAACGGGAGCGGUGGCGUUUCGAUGUGGGCGAAAACUUCGAAAAAGGAGAAGUCUUCGAGCCCGGAAAAUCUGUAUCAUCGUUCUCGGGCGUUCGAAUGUCAACGUCCUGCCCAGCUUCACGUAAAUCAAGUUUUUCCAGUAUUGAAAUGAGACGUCGACAUAACUCUGUCUUUAUGACACCAUACCUGUCCGACGUCACAAAUCCAGCUGUCAACGAUAACCUCGGCUCAAAUCGGCGUCAGUCGCGCCGAUCGACGCGGUAUUCCGCGUCAAGUACCCGAUCCAAAACCCGUAAGCCCAGUUUCACCGAUUCCGAGAUGAUGCGACGACAAUCUCAAGUCUUUAUGGCCGCGUACAUGCCGCCAUCGACGCCACCCGCAACAAAAUUGCCGCUUACGUCAACGUCGACUAUGAGUGCUACCAUUAGCGAACACAAUGUUCCACCAGCCAGCAGCUUGCGGACCGGUAGACCGUCGGGACACUAUUCGUUCUCCUACGCCGAUGAAAUUCCAAACGAAAAGACGCUGUCACCAUUAAAUUCAACCAUUUCCGAGGCGGCUACUAGCGACACCGGUCACGCCAAUACCAACAUCAAUAACAAUAAAUAUGACGGUGACAAUAAUGAUAGUUACUGUGGUAGCAACAACGAUCUGUACAAGCAUCACAUAGAGAGGUUCUAGAUCGAUGUAUUUUUUUCUUGCAACGAAUGUUUAGCCGCCGGAAAACGAUGAUAACAAUAAUAAAGAGUCUUUAAGGCAUUUUUGUUGUGUAUGAGCCCGUUUCACAGGAUGUACGUACGUAUUGGUAUAUUAGCAAAAACGACACUAAAAAGAAAAGCGUGUACUAUAUAGUUAUAGCGAUUAUGAAUCUUCAUUGCACUGGCGGGAUGGAUCAGUAAAACAGAUACGCUCGUUGCCGAACGGCCGAACGGACCCUUGGUCCUAUUCUCAACGAGAUUGAUUAGCCUGUUGCGAACAGCCACAAGUUCAGCUCUAUCGUAAAGCCAUCGUUUCUGAUAUUGCUUCAAACUGAUGCUAUUCUCAAUCCUACUCGAUGUUCCACUGACUUUGCUUUGAGGAUUAACGCAAUACAUAUCCAUCAACAAGAGGAUCCGGUUUUUGGCCGGCGAGCUAUUAACAAACAAGUAAUAGAGUUAAUAAAAAAAAAAAAACAAGUAGAAUUGUUUCUAAGACCCACUGUAAUCAAAAUCGUUCCAUUUGCUGCAGGGUAAAAGACAGCUAGUGAAAUGCGUCCGAUGCAACCGAUAUACCCGACUAAUGCUCUCUAACACUAUUGGCUUUGAAAAAAAAAUAUUUACACACGAGAGGUGUAGAAACAAUCAAAUUAACUUCAAUAUUAGAUUAAAUUUUAUGAUACAAGCCAUUGCAUUGUUCAAAUAUGCAACAUGUGUGUAAAAAAAAAAAUAUAUAUAUAUAUACAUUAUCCUACAACGGUCUCUGUAUUGGAACACUGUGUUAAACAAUUGUUGUACAAACAAAUCAUAUUUAUGUAUAGACCAACAUACUGUCGGUGUGGCAGUAUCGUCAGCAUCACUAGGAAAGCCUACAGACACCGUGUUUUUGCCAUGGGUUUUACGAAAAAAUGUUUAUUGGUCCGGUCACUUUUUAAACUAACAGAUUGACAUGGGGAAAUUUUUCGUGCAAGCUACAUUAAGUAUAGGUAGCACGGAACCUUUUACCUUUACUCGCAUUUUGUGCUCUAAAGCGUAUUGAUGGAGCGUCUAUUUUGGUUACUGGCGAAUUUGUUCGGCAAAGAGAGCUUGCCAUAAACAAGCUAACACAUUUUUGCAUUUGUAGUAUAUACAUACUUUGUUACACCUACUUAGUUAGCUAUAUAUCAGCGUCCUCGGUACACACAGGGUACCGCUUGAAUUUUUUUCUAAAUAAUUCCUUAAAACCGCAAAUGAUCGUUGCACAGGUUACAGCUAAACAUAGAAACACGCUUUACAGAAAAGGUAUCCAUAUCAUAAAUCUGUUAUAUACAGAUAUAUAAUUUCUAUUAGGUACAUAAAGUAUUUAAAUACCUUUACAAGCGAAAAGCGACAAACAUUUAAAAUCUUCCUAUUAAAAUACAGUGCUUUGUUAUUACAUUAAUAUCUGACAUUGUCUAUGCUCGUCUUACUUUGGCCGUUGCCAAAACUCGAACGGGUGGCUGAUUGACUGUACAGCCAUUGGCCGCUAUUGCUAAAAUUAAUUUUUCCCACCGUCGCUGCCUUCAUGUCAACGUUUAGGCGGCAGUGAGUUUAAUGCAAAAAAAAAACUAUUCCUUUUGCGGGAUACGAAUGUUUAUUAGAUAUCCUUCUCUCGCUGUCUCUCUUUUGCUAUACAUAUAUAUGUAUAUAGAAAAAGAGAGAAUUUUGUUUUUAAGGUUUACUUCCUUUCUGCAUAUAUAUAUAUAUAUAUAUGCAGGGAGGAAGUAAAUGGACUUACAUUGUCUUUGUUUCGCUAUUUUACCAUCUCGCGAGAACAAAAAAGGACGCCAGUUGACUUUUUUGCCAAAUAAUGUCUUAUUAUAACUAUUUAUUAAGUAUAUAUUAGUAACAUAUGAAGUUAUAUUAACAAGCAAUUAGUUUGUCGGAUAGCAGCAGCCGAAACUGGCGUUGCCAAAACCCGUAUUUUAUUCUGUCGCUUCAGUUAAUGAUGGUGUUUUUGUGUAUGCAUCUGUGUCUGCAUGUUGGCAUGUAUCCAUGCGCAUGUGCGUGUGUUUAUGCGGCCUGUGUUUAUUUCGGUGAACUUUUAUUCAGAGUAAUGUACGGAAUUCAGAUCUUGUCCAUUCAGAUCCCGCGAGCAGUACUGAGUUGUAAUAAAUAUAUAUUGUUAUUAUCAUUGUUA